UUUUGGUCAUGUGGCAACCCCUCGUCUCUUAAACACAUUUUACUCAGAAUCGAAAAGUAUUUUUUAAAUUUUCCCCUUAAAACUUGAUUUUUUAAGUUCAUUUUCUACUUGCUCUCUGCUGGAAUGGCUCGCACUGAGCUGGAGAAGAAGGCCAAGCGCCAGGGUAAGAAACGCAAGCACGAGGUAGCCGAGAAUGCAGGACAUGCGGCCAGUGACGACGAGGUGGCCAUCAAAAGUUUGAUUCUGGAGCCACAGGUGGAACAACAGGCAUCUGAAACAGAUAAGCCCCCUAAGAGGCGGCAAAAAGGGGAAGAAUCGUCGGGCCCAAAGAAACGCACCAAGAAAAACGCGGUAGAGGAGCAGGUUGACACCAAUGGAGACGAUGAAAGUCCUUCACGGAAACCUGAAAAGAGAAAGCAAGUUCACGAAGCAAACAAACCCAAAAAGGAAAAGCGCAGAAAACAGGAAAACAACUCGGAUGACGAUGAAGAGGACUCCCAACCAACCGAGGAACAAUUAAAAGAGGCUGCUCGCCCGGAAAACGCCAACGCAGUGGUCACGGUGCGCAAAAAGAAGAAACAGAAGCACCAGCAGCGUCUCGAAGCUCAAAAAAGUCAGAACUCCAACAAAGAAGCUAAAGUCAACAAGGAAUACCUCUUCAAAUGGAAGGAAUCCCGCCAGGAGUGGAAGUUCAACAAGCUGCGGCAGAUUUCCAUCCAACAAACCGCCUUUAGCGAAGAUAAACUUGAUGCGGAGCUGUGGCCCACUGCUCUGGAGUAUUUGGCCAGCUCACAGGGAGCCGCGCGCUCCAAGAUCACCCAACUGGCCCAGGAAGUCAUCCAGAAACUGGACAAGGAGGGCGAAAAGCUGGAGGACGAGACUGAAAGGCAAAAGCUUAUCGAGUCCACGCAGUAUCAGCGGGCACGCGAUCUCCUCCAGAUCUUCGACUAGUUGUUUAUCUUAGUUGUUAAUGUUUGUCCUAGCUUUUAUUAAAGAAUACAGAAACAUAGAAAAUGUA